AUGUGGACCUCUCAUGAUACUGUUGGAUUUGUUUUCUUAGCCGGAUUUUGCGUGCAAUUUGGAUUCUCCUUUGAAGGUCGCUUCACGGAUCUGCCCUCCAACAUGACGGUUAAAGAGGGACAAAACAUAGAAAUGGCGUGCGCUUUCCAGAGCGGAACCGCGUCGGUGUAUUUGGAGAUCCAGUGGUGGUUCGUGAAAGCGCCGGAACCCACUGACAGCGAGGAGGAGGUCGACGCUGAAGAGAUGGAGAUGAUACCGGAGCCCGAUCCUGAUGAUGAGGGGACAAAAAUAAGUACAGUGAAAGUCCAGGGCAACGACAUCUCACACAAGCUGCAGAUCUCCAGAGUCAGCAAGAGCGACGAAGGACUGUACGAAUGCCGGGUGACACGAGCUAACUACGGAGAGAUUGUGGAGUACAAAGCCCAAGCCUGGCUGAAGGUCAACGCCACGGCCAGGCCACGACGACCACUGCUGCCUCCCAAGAAAAGCUCCCCGCUGCACCUGACAGACAAGAAACCGAGAAAGUCCAGCUCGCCUCUGGGUCAGGACAGCAUGAGUUCAGAUCAGAGGGUGGCCUCCACCUCCACCUCUCACACAUCCUCCAAUACAGCUAAACACAACCCCGGCUCAGGUACAAGAAUAUCAUUCAGCUAUGGACUGGCUGUCCUCCUUCUGGCAUGUGGUUUGGUGAGGGAUGCCUUGUUAUAAUUUGAAGAACUGACAUGGUCUGUGCCCUGAUCUCGCUCUCUCUCUGUUUGCUCUCAAAGCGAACGAGAAAAUUGCCUGUUUUAUCCCCCUCCUGCCCCCGCCACCGCCACCCCACCAUGCGGACAGCACAGUUGGCCCUCAUUUCCCUGCCACCACUGCUCUUGCACCCAGCACAUUGUUAUUAGCCACUGUAAACACCUGUCACCUUUA